AUGGCCAUGCAGGGCAUGGAGCUGUGCGCCGUGGCCGUGGUCAUCCUCCUCUUCAUCGCUGUCCUCAAGCAGUUCGGCAUCCUGGAGCCCAUCUCCGCGGAAGACAGCAGCGACGGCGACCUGGAGCUCUCGGCCGUGCGGCACCAACCCGAGGGGCUGGAGCAGCUGCAGGUGCAGACCAAGUUCACCAAGAAGGAGCUGCAGUCCCUCUACCGCGGCUUCAAGAGUGAGUGCCCCAGCGGCCGGGUGGACGAGGAGACCUUCACGCUCAUCUACGCGCAGUUCUUCCCGCAGGGCGACGCCAGCGCCUACGCUCACUUCUUGUUCAACGCCUUCGACGCCGACGGCAGCGGGGCACUCUGCUUCGAGGACUUUGUUGUCGGCCUCUCCGUCUUGCUGCGGGGGACGGUGCAGGAGAAGCUGAACUGGGCUUUCAACCUCUACGACAUUAAUAAGGACGGCUUCAUCACCAAGGAGGAGAUGCUGGAGAUCAUGAAGUCCAUCUACGAUAUGAUGGGGCGCUGCACCCUGCCCGCCCCGAGGGACAGCGCGCCCGCCGAGCACGUGGAGCUCUUCUUCCAGAAGAUGGACAGGAACGGGGACGGCGUGGUGACCUUCGAGGAGUUCCUGGAGACGUGCCAGCAGGACGAGGACAUCAUGAGCUCCAUGCAGAUCUUCGAGAACACCAUCUAGAGGCGCUGCCGUGGGGCGCAGGGGAGGAACGGUUUUGGCCCCUUCAAGACACAGCGCGAGGCUAAUAACGCUGAAGGUGCAAGAAACAUUAAAAAUAAGCAGGAAACGUUAAAAACAAGGAGAACGUUGCCAGCCUGUCCCCCUGAGCAGCCAGAGCCGCCCCUGCCAGCCACUUUUGGGGCAGAACUCCCCAAACCAGGGUCUCCCUGCCCCAGGGGACGGCCAGCGGUGCAGA